GUCGUUCAAUCUUUACGGCACUUGUCUCGCUUUAAGAUUCUCUCCAUGGUUCGUCGAGAUCAUAUAUCGGCUUUGUCUCUGCCUCCCGUAUUGAUCGGCUACCUUCUUGAGAAACAGUGCUACGCUGAAUCAUUAGAUGACUUUGAGAAGGCUGUACGUGACCGGGCUCCUCUUUUGUUUCCUCUCACUUCUGGAAACACUGCUGCUGUCGCAUUCGGUCAGACUUCGAACGCGUCUCCUGACACCUUAAGCGUUUCUGUCACUAUUAGCACGACUACCACCACUUCCAUCAGUAAUAUCUCUAUCGCCACCACGGUAGCGUCUUCAGCCAUUGUCCCUCCUCCAGUCAUUGGAGAUGGAGCGGAAGUUCCAUCAUCCCCAGAUAGACCUACUUUUACUGGACAUGCUACGGACUCCCCAAACCUCUUAGGAGGGGCUAGAAUUGUGAAUAACGGCCAAGCAAAUAGCUAUACUCUAGCUAGUAUUAAUGGACCACGAGCCCCGAUCCCGUCAAACGUUGUAUCAAAUACAUUACAGCAACCAACAGACAGCAUUAGUCCGGUGGCCGAGUCACCUUGUGCAUCCUCGAAUAGAUAG